AUGUAUACAUACAAAUUAUACGUGUUUGUCAUAUAUUUACUUAGUUUAAGGUGGACAGUUUGCGCUUCAGGUGAAGAGGCUGUUUCCACAAAAACUAAUAUUACUUUCGACCUCAGGAAAUUAAAGGAACAUGGUGGUACAAGCGAAGCUACAGCUAAUCACAAUGUGAAACAUACAACUUUUACAACUCCUGAAGGCAAAGUUGUAGACAAAGUUGUAUACGAUACCGUUGAUGUGUGGGUUGCUACAAAUUACUCGGGCAAAACUUUAAAGAAAUUAGUGGUUACCGAUAAGAGACACGUCCUUCAAUUGCUUGAUGUAGUGUUAGUAAACUCAGCUGCAGAUGCAGCUCAAGAAGAACAUGUGUACUAUAAAAAGCAAAAGAAGGAAUUUAAAGUAAUACAAGAACGUGACUACAAGGUACAAAAGGGGCAACUUAGCGGCAGACCAGCUAUGCUUACCGACCCUUGGUUUAUAUACGAUUUUGGAGAUAAGGAAUCUUAUUCCAAGUUCGUAGGACAGAAUAAUUAUCUGUUGGAUGGAGUGUGGAAAACAACGUACUCACCGUAUCACGGUAAGCCUUCCCUAAUAAGAGAUGGAACCCAACAACUAUGGACCCUUGGAAAUGACGGUAAACAUGUUACUAGAGUCGAUAUUUUCGAGUUUGACGCCGAUAAGCUUUUAGUUCUUUAUGUCGGAGAUUUCGAAGGUAAAUACUUCCAUAAAUUGAAAACAGCAUCUCAAUGGACAUCUCUUGAAAGUGAGAGUGUUUUUAAUACAAAAGCAAAUGAAUUUAAGACCAAAUAUUUUACCACAGAAUUGGAAUACGAUCUCGCCGUCAGACCUGAUUAUAACAAGUUUUUGGUAAACAGAUCUACAGUUGGUAAUUUGAACUAUUUAACCCUUUUCCCAACUAAAGCGUAUUCAUUAAACAAGCUUAAAUUCGGAAAUGAGGUACUAUGGAGCUCUGAUAAUAAGGAGAAUAGAGUUUAUGCAAUGAAGUUAACGCUCUUGGGUUACGAAGUUAAGACUGUACAAUUAGCAGUUACAAAGGGUGCCACCAAAUUGGAUCCACAAUCCGACGUUUAUUACUAUCACAAAGACACAUCUAAUACUUUCAAGACUAAGACCAAGGAGGAAUACCAAGCCGCCGUAGAUUCAGUGAAAGCAUCUUCUGAUAGGAAUGCUUCCUUUACUUAUUUAAAUACAUGGGAACAGGUUGCCUCAAAGUUGGAUUUAUUAAAUUAUAACCCAGAAGAAUUCACCGUUCAGACCACUGAAGGCACGGGAGGCGUCGUUACAGUAACUUUGACUCCUAAGGAGAAUAUGUGGUUCUCCAGUGUUGGUUUUGGCACUGUUAAUGUGUGGCCACCCUCGGACAAUUCGGUAAAUAACCCUGCAGUGAAAAGAGUAGUUGUUGUUAAAAAGAAUUCACUUUUGCAGUUAGUACAUUUGACUGCAUCUGGGACUGUAACUCUGGAGAAUGCCGGCGCUGUUGACACAGACUACUUCUUCAAAAAGAACGGGGAUGCAUUUGAUACAGUAGAAAAUUCGACAACUUUUGAUUCUCAUAAAACAUCUUUGCAAGGUGAAGGGGGCCUUCUUGAUCCACACGUUCAUCUGGAUGUUAAUACUGAACAAUUGGAUGAGACGUACUACACCGUUACGACCAACCGUGAAGACGGAGUGGACAAGAAAGUUGUAGCAGUGAAAACCCUUAAGGUAACAAAGUUAACGAAUUUCAAGACUGAUCUUUGGACAAAGCCGUCAGGCUCAUCAGACUCACACGCUACCGGCUAUGAGAUGUAUACAUUUGGGGAAAAGAAACUUUUGAAGGUACUAGUUAACAACGGUGCGUCCUCCACUGGUAAUACAACAUUCGAAAAAUCAGGAGCAAAUGCCCAAUGGACAGCUUUCAGUGACAAUUUUAACUCAAAAUUGCUCGCCAUGAAGACGCCAUCCAAUUGGGAGUCAGUUGAGUUGGAUGUAUCGGUUAGUCCAUCACUUACAAACUUCGAUGUAGUUGCCACUCGCUUAAAGGGAAACAGAACAAAGUUGCUUCUCACUCCGAAAAAGAACAAGAAGGUCACCAAAGUUAAGCUAGGAACAACGAAGGAUUUUUUCACUACAGCUGAUGACAAUAGGGCACAUAAGGUUGAGUUGUACCUGGAAACCUACGAAGCCAAAUUCGUUAAAGUAUUCGUAUGGAAAGAUGUUACCACCGACAAUACUCAUCAAUUGACUGAAGAGAAACAUUUUCACAAUGGAACUAAUUGGGUUACAGAAAAUUUUGAUGAAAAGUUGAAGGAAUUUGAAGCCGAGGAUAACACCGUUCCAUUCACUUACAGUGAAAACUGGGUUCGCCCACCAACUACAUUUGACCCAAAAGCAUUCAGUGAAACAUACUUUGGUAAAGCAGAUGCAACAGCCGAAUUAGUUAAAACGACGACAUAUACACCUAGGGAAGGAACAGCUGUAAACAAAGUUUCACUUUAUGGAGAUAAAGUUUGGCCAGAUGGAGACCAGCCGGAUGCAACCAAGAAGCUAGUUGAAUUAAAAGUUUUAUCUAAGAACGAUAUGGUACAGUUGGUGCAUCUAACAAACGCAGUUGUUGCAACUCCUUCAACAUCUGAAAACCUAUAUUACAAAAAGGUGACCGAUAGAUAUGAGAAGCUGGCUAAUGAAAACGAAUUUAACAUGUUGAAGAAUAGCCUUUCCAAAGCAGAUGAAUACGUUGACGAUAAGGUGAAGUUGGAUUUGUCAGCAACAGAGGAAGCAAGCACUAAGUUAUUUGAGAAGGAAACAACCCUGGAAGAUGGUGUGGAGAAGACAGUGGUUACUGUUAAGGCAGGUAAAUUGUUCGAAGUAUCAGCAAGUCCCGCUUUGUGGACGUCGACUGACGGAUCAUACGUGACUAAACUGGAAAGAUACGCGCUUGAUGGUAUGCAACUUCUUGUUCUCCACAUAACAAAACCCAGUGGUACCACCGAGACGAAAUACUUUGAAAAACCAUUAUCUCCACCUGUGGCACCAUCUCAGCCGGCACUUAAUGAUAAGACGGCAUUCUUUGCAAAAUUAAACAAGGCCAAGGCCGCUGUAACACACCAAGAUGUAUCGCUUGAUGUUCAAGCCUACAACACCACUGAUAAGUAUGAAGUUAAACAGGUUACAGAAGGAACAGCAACAUUAUUCAAGGUUUAUCCAAAGAAAACUUACAGAGUAACUGGUUUAGUCAAUGGUUCAGGUAACAACCUUUGGACUAAAUCAGAGGAUGGUGAAAGGUUGGUGGAAGCAUUUUUUUAUGUACACGAAUCAAACGUUAAAUUUGUUAGGGCAGUUGUAUGGGCAAAAGAUCACACAGAUGAAUCCAAAGAUAAACUAUUGCACUAUAAACUAGAAAAUGGUCGAUUCGUAGAUAAAGAUGCGACUGCUUUUGCAAAAGAAUUGAGAGAACUUACAACGGUUCCACUUACACCGUUGGCUACAGAAACUAUCGUUCAGCCACCGCCGACGCCAUCCCUGUUCCGCAAGUUCUACCUGUCGGACAAUGUGGAUCCCAAGGUAUUCGAACUGACAGAGAGGAAGAAGGGAGAAUAUAAGCUGAAGAACUACACGCCGAAGCAAGACAUGUUUGUCAAUAUGGUGGAAACACAGCACGGAGUACUGUGGAAGGCAAGCAAUGUUGGAGACGUUAUGAAAUCGACAUUCUUCGCGGUCAAAGAUGACACAGCACUGGCGCAUCUGACCGUGGUGGUAAAUUCACUCCCAACACACUUGUUCUUCAAGUUUGAUACGGACAGAUGGCUUGCGUUAGAUAGUAACACGUAUGUUGACCUGUAUACGAAAGCCGGACUGACAUCGGCUUCUAGGUAA